UGCAUAUCUUUCUCAUUUCAACGAGUUGGAAAGAAAAAGACAGAUAAAUACGGAUUUUCGGGUCUCGGGAACAGGUUCCUAUUUGUUAAAGGCCGUUAAAUAACUGGCAACAUCGUUUUCAACCAAUCAGAAUCCAGAAUUUGACCAACUGUCAAACUUCAAAAAUGCAUUUUUUUCUCAUUUUUGACUUUUCUGCCAACCUUUUAGAAAAAAAUGUAUGAGCCUAGAACCUAGAAGAAAAUGUCGUUUUUAUUGUUAAAUUACGGGAAAACAAGGUCCAUCACACAAAAGUUGGACUGAUGCGAUAGUUUUCCAAAGAAAAUAAGAGUGGAAAUUCGUUGUAACGUCGUUGGGUUUCGGUUAUUUGAGCGUGAGUGAGGCGGUUUCCUGUCUAUGUUGAUGUAACCCAAAGUUGGACCCAAAAUGGACGAAAAUAACGUUCAAAUUCAGCCUCAGGGCUCGAUUUGUAGUGACUCAAAUGGUGAAGAAGCCUAUAAAAAUGAUGUCUCUCUUGAUGCUGACAGAAGAAUCUGCCUGAUUGGUGGCAUAGCCAAAGACAAUAAAUUCCGAACAGUAGCUGAAAGUUUCAAUGUUCCAGUAGUUUCCUCAGUCCACGGAAGAGAAUACAUGGACGAGACAUCUUGCUGUACAUAUUAUGUAAUUGAUAAUUUUGAUGGUGAAAUCUACAAUAGUUUAUGUAAGUCGAGACAAACAAUACUGGGCCCUCCGGCCUUGCAGCAGUUAGCUAGUAGGGACAAAAAGGAAUUGCCUGACAACACAAGACCCUUGUUUAAUGUAGCUAUGAGAGGCGUUGUCGUGUGUUUUACUGGAUUUAGGAAUAAGGAUGAUUUGACAAAAUUGGUACCAUUAAUCCACCACAUGGGUGGUUCCAUACGCAGAGAUAUGACAGCAAAAGUAACACAUUUAAUAGCAAACAGUUGCGGAGGCGAUAAGUAUCAAUACGCUUCAACUUUCAAAGUUCCAGUGAUGAACCUGCAAUGGGUUAUUGAUAGCUGGGAACAACAUCGCUACGAUUUGGAUUUCAGCGCUUCGCAGGAUUCAUUUGUGAAUAUGUACAAACUUAAGCCUUUCCAUGGAGCCCGGGUUUGUUUCUUGGGCUUCCCAGAAGAAGAGGAGAAUCACAUGACAGAAGUUUUGCUAUGUAACGGUGGCACAGUUACCACUCCCGAAGAUCCUAAUUGUACACACGUGGUUAUGGAAAACUCUGAGGUGUACACACUGGAAGCUGCGAACGCUGCACAACUUACCUCUCCCAUAGCCAAAACUUUCCUUGCCGAACCUUCCCUUCUGAAAACCCCAAAUAACAACAGCAUUGUCGAUAUUAAUUGUUUACAAAGUUUGGAAACUUUGCAAGAAGUUUCGCGUAAUGAAGAUUUGGUUAAUGAAAUGGAUAGUAUUUGUUUUGAAGAUCAGUUUAAUGUUUCUGUGAAAAGGAAGCGAGAAUUCGGUUCUCCUGAUAGUACGUUGAUUAUUAAAAGAAAACGAGAUAAAGUCAGCUACAGUGAAAGAAAGAAAAAAGUUUCUAAUUUUUUUAAAACUCCUAUAAACUAUUUUUCAAACAGGAGACGCACCAUUGAUGCUGCAAGUUUCGAUCAUUCUUUGAACGAUAGUUUUAUAUCCGCUUCAGGCGUUUUUAACGUUGAAACUCUAGAUAACUUAAACACAACGGAUGCAACUCCUAAAACAAGUUUAAGAAAAUCCAAGAAAAAUUUAUUCACAAGAACCUUCAGCUCUUCAAGAUUCACCAGGAGCAAAUCGAAAAAAAGCUUGUCAAAACUAUCAUUUAUCGAAGACAUUAAUCAAGAUAAACUGAAUGCCAGUUGUUUCCCAGAUAUUUCCUUGAAUCCACAAUUUCCUUUGCGCAAUAGCGAAAUAGGCGUCGGCGAUAUUGCACAGUCAUCCAGAAGAACUUCUGCUCUUGCGGUGGUGGAUGAAUCCGUGGUUGGAGAACGUCCUGAUGUAUCUGCCCCUCGUGCCUACAUUGUCAAAGCCGAAUGGUUCUGGACCUCUGUACAAAAAGAGUGCAGUUUGGAUGAAAAAGAGUAUCUUUUUGAUGACUAUAUUGAGCAUAUUGUUUCGCCUGGACCGGGAAGAAGGGAAAGUCAUGCCACAGCGACACCUAGCAGUGCUAGCAGCAGAAGAAAACGUAAACGAAUCCACGAAACUCUUCAAUCUUUGGUACAACAGACGCAGUCUCCAGCGCUUCACAAGCGUCGUUCUUCGGUAAGCGAUGCCGGUCUUUUGAGCGUCUCUGGUUCAUUUCUGGAUUGCACAGCUAGCCCGGUUAGUACUACAUCCACUACUAAAGGAAAUAGACGUCUGUCGGUAAAGGCUGAAAAGGCAAUAAUCGAUGUGUCAGAUGCUCAAAAAGAAACACCAAGAAAAAAUUUGACUGCGCGUCAUCAAGUUUUCCUUGAACUAUUACAGACAGAGUCAAAUUACGUGGAAAUUCUUCGUACCAUAGUUACCUUGUUCAAAAACCAUUUGGAAAAUAUGCCAGAUGAGGAAGCUCUUUUGAAUAACACAGAGUUGAAUCUAAUUUUUGGAAAACUACCACCUAUUUAUGAGACGCACUUGAAAAUGUUGGAUGAGUUUCGUUGGACGUCAGCUCAUUGGAACGAAGAACGCAGCAUAGGCAAUAUCAUCAUUAAAUAUUCUACAGAAUUACAAAGGGCCUAUCCUCCGUUCAUCAACUAUUUCGAGGAAAUGAAAGAAGUGCUGAACAGUUGCGACCAAUCGAAACCGCGUUUCCACGCUUUUCUCAAAGCGAUGCAAACUAAACCAGAAUGCGGCAGGCAAAGUUUACAAGAGUUGAUGAUCAGGCCGGUGCAGAGGCUAGGAAGUAUUAGUUUGUUGCUAAAUGAUAUGCUUAAAAAUACAGCAAAAACCAAUUCAGAUCAUGGAGCUUUAGAUCAAGCAUUGGCAGCUUUAAGGGAAGUGAUGACGCAUAUAAACGAAGACAAACGCAAAGCUGAGGGCCAAGUAACACUGUUUAAUAUUUUCAAUGAUAUUGACAAUUGCCCAGCCGAGCUAGUUUCUUCACACCGAAGUUACAUGGCCAAGUCUGAUGUAAUUCAGCUAUCUUCUUCUGAAGGUUUGGCAAGUAAGGGCAGCAGUUUGGUGAUGUUCAUUUUCAGCGAUCAGUUGGAGGUUUGCAAGAAAAAAUCAAAGUCAUUCAACAGUACAAAGAGUCCUUCGGCUAGCAGCUUUCAGAUUCAGGGUAGACCUAAUGUCAAACCGUACAAGCAUGUAAGGAUGAUGGCUUUGAAUACUAUUAAGAGGGUGAUUGACAUUAAAGAAACUGAAGACUGUCAAAAAGUGUUUAGCCUUGUUUGUCGAAGCAACGAAGAGAGUAAAGAAAGACUGUAUUCAUUUGCAAUGGCUGAUGAAGAAGCUGACAAAGUUGCCUUUUUGAGAACUUUAACGCGUACAAUGGCCAAUAAUGUUUGUUCUGCAGAUGCUGAUAAAUUCAUGGCUUAUCUGGAACCUCAUCAGCUGGCCAUUGACACUAGUGACUUGAGCAAUGGUACCCUGUCAAAGGCUUUCAAAUUUGCAAAAACGCGACUGAAGGUGGGCCGAACGUUCUCCUUCAACAAAUCGACCCCUUCAAAGUUGAAGAGAGCCGUCAGCUCAAUGAUGUCGCCCUUUGGCAGCUCCACCAACUUGACGCCGGCUUCUCAAUUGGCCAAUAUGCGAUUGGCAAGCUACAGCAAUAUCAAUGAGCUAGGCAGCAACGUUGAAAACUCAGACGAAUCUCUAACAGCGGCGCCAAUGUCAGUACAACCCACACGCAAAAUGAAAUCGUCUUCUUUGGGUGUGAACGCGUUCAAACGCUUAUAGCGACAUUCGAUGCUCAAAAAUUUAUAUAUAUAUAUAUUUUAUUUUUCAUGGAUGAUCUGUACAUAGUUAACAUUAAUUUAAGUUUUACUACAAAAGAAAAGAAACAUUGAAAAGUGAACUGAUUUAAAGUGAGAAAGAUCUGUUUUGGGGAGAGUGCACCCUAUUUAGUUUAAGAGGUGAUGUUUGAGAAAUACUCUUUUUCUUCUUUGGUUCCUUGAUGGAAAAAGAGAAGGAAAUUAUGAGAUAUGUAACCGCAGUCUUUUAGUUUUUCUAUAUUAAGUAUUUAUUGCCUGAAUUUUUUUUUUCUAGAAAUAAAAAAAAUACUCAGGGAGUUCGAUUAAGUUGAAUGUAUCUUAGUGUUAGCCAUUUUAAACAAAUUUGUAGGUGCACUUUAAAAAACUAGUGUUUAGGUAAUUAUUGUUAGAUUUAACUACUUUAGACUUUUGUGAUUUUUGAACUUUUUUUGUUGAAGAAAUAAUUCCUUGGAGAAAAAUGUUUUUGGUAUUUAAUUUUCAGCAACCAAUGUGGGAUUUUUUGUUAAGUUUUUGAAUGUAGACUAGUCUCACAAGAGACAUCUGAGAUUUUGAAAAAAUAUUCAGAACUGAUUAUAUUUGUAUUUCAACUCGCCUCAAUCUCAGAUAUUUACACAAAUAUUUUGAAUAGUUUUAGGAUUUCACUUUUGAACUUCUCAUUAAGUACAAUCUGCCUUUUAAACUCUUUGUAACUAUAACUAAUAUUCACAAAGCAUUUUUUUUUUUUCAAAUUCACAUGCGUAACCACAAAAGCUGAAUUUCCAUACAGUUAAUAUUUUGUUUUUGUAUAUAGCUUAAGAAGUAAUCUGAAUUGGCUUAUUUUUCAGAAUCUCUUGCUCCUAUGGGUACUUCUCAAACAUACACCAUAAUGAUAUACUUUACUAUACCUAUAUUAUUUGUUUUAAAAUUUGACAUAUUUAUAUAGUUGCAACUUUCCCCUAUAUUUUUAGGAUUCUCUCUUUUCAAGCUCUCAAAUCAUAAGAAGAGGGAUCCUAUUAGGUAUCUUUGAUUUUUUUUUCUCGAUACCAUACAGAGACAAAUUCAAUCAUAAUUCAAUGAGUUUUAUACUGUGUUAUAAUUGAUUGCCUUAUAGGUGAUUAAUUUAUUAUUUAUAUAAUGUAAAAUAAACUUGAAUAAUUUAUGCAGCCUA